AUGUCCAUACAAAGAUAUUUAGUGCAUUUAGCAUACAUUGGAACGCCCUUCAGGGGCUCCCAAAGGCAAAUAAAAGGGGGUACUCCAAGACAACAUGAUCCUACAACUAUACAAGGAAUGAUGGAAAUGGGUCUUCAAUAUCUCAACCCAAUCAGCGAUACGAUUGUAUUUAUGGCAAGCAGAACAGAUGCUGGUGUCCAUGCACUAAACACCACAUGCCACUUUGAUUUACAUAGGCCGGUCGAAUCUGUUUAUGAACCAAACCAGUUAACAUAUAGACUUAACAAGUUCAUGGCAUACAAAGAAGUUCCUAUUAGAAUUUUAGAUACCAAACUAGUUCCCGAUGAUUUCCAUUGUAGACAAAACGCUGUAUCGCGAACCUACUUGUAUAGACUCAUUAUUGGGAGACACGAUCAAGAAAAACUGAACUCCUGUAGCCAUUUUAUGCCAAUAGAAGAGCACAAUAGAGCAUAUUUUCAUUGUGAUUCAUAUUUCGAUAUAAAUUCCAUGCGAGAAGCGGCGAAUAUGUUUGUAGGAUUCCACGAUUUUCGCACAUUCAUGGGAAAAGUUCGGGACAAUGAUAGAUUAACACGACGAGAAAUAAGCAGUAUAGAAAUAAUUGAACGAAGCAAAUCUGAAGUUGGAGUAGCGCCAUCUUUUAGCUGGCCGAAAAUCGCUAUAAGGAACUCCGGUGAAGAGUCUCAUUCAAUAGUAGAUAUUUAUUUUAAAGGAAAGGGAUUUUUGUACAAGCAAGUCAGACGGACAGCGGGAACACUAUUAUCAGCGGCAGUUGGACGGAUAACGCUGAGGGAUAUAAAAUUCAUGCUAGAGAUACCUUCCAAGCAUAGCUGGAUACCAAAAAUACGUUCUUUACCAGGUUACGGAUUGUACCUCUGCGAAAUUGAAUAUUAGAAAAUUGACUAUAAUUAAUAGGUCAAAUCAAUAGUUAAACAGACACAUUUUGUAUACCUUUUGAUUUUUAACAAAUCUAACUUUAAAAUGGUUGGAUCAAGAGUAUAUGUAGGUGGCUUGCCCUAUGGUACAAACGAAAGAGAUUUGGAGCGUUUUUUUAGAGGUUAUGGGCGCAUGCGUGAAGUAACCAUUAAGUCAGGAUAUGGAUUUGUUGAAUUUGAUGAUUACCGAGAUGCUGAUGAUGCGGUCUAUGAAUUGAAUGGUAAACGAAUAAUGGGUGAAAGAGUUACAGUUGAAAGGGCACGAGGUACUCCGAGAGGUAGAGAUAGAUGGGGUGAUUCUGGUAGUAGUAGCCGUGGUAGAGACAGAGAAAGAACAAGUGGUAGAGAUCGUUAUGGGCCUCCUACCCGCACAGCUCACAGAGUUAUUGUUGAAAAUUUAUCCAGUAGAGUAUCCUGGCAAGACCUUAAAGAUUACAUGCGUCAAGCUGGAGAAGUUACCUAUGCAGAUGCCCACCGUGAACACAAGAAUGAAGGAGUGGUUGAGUUUGCAAGCCGCAGUGAUAUGAAGAAUGCCAUAGAAAAACUGGACGACACCGAGCUCAAUGGACGGCGUAUUAAGGUUGUUGAAGACAAGUCCAAGAGUAGACGUAGAGGAGAUUCAAGCUCCAGAAGCCGGUCCAGAUCCCGAUCUGGUGGCCGCAGAUCACAAAGUGGCAGCAAAUCCAAAAGCAGAAGCAAGUCAAGAUCAAAAAGCAAAGACAAGUUGUCCAGGUCGCGUAGCCGUUCGGUUAAGAGAUCUAGAUCCCCACGCUCUGGAUCCAGAGAGAUGAAAAAACCCCGUCAAGAUCGAUCCAGGUCCGGCUCCAAGACUAAUGGACGGGAAGACAGAUCAAAGUCUAAAGAGGAUGAUCGUGAUGCUCGCUCCCAGUCCAGAGAUGGCCGUUCACGUUCUGUGUCCAAAGAAAAUGGACAUGGUUCCAGAUCAGUCUCUAGGGAGGCUUCCAAGUCUAGAGAGGCUUCCAAGGAACUCUCUAGAAGUAAAAGCAGGUCAAGGUCAAAGAGCAACUAAUAGGUUACUAGGUAAAAAGAGUGUGAAUAAUACUGUUCAAAGGUGGUAAAAAAAAAUUCCUCAGGUCGCUACUAAAACUAUCAAUCAUUUCAUCUUUUUUUUUUUUUAAUUCGAUAUUGUCACCGAAACAAGCUGAUUAAUUUUAAAAAAGUCCCUGGAACACUUUAAUAUUUUUUUAGAAUUUGAUUAAAUAUUAGCCAAGGGCGUCAUAUGGGUAGGUAUACAUAUGUAUGACAUUAAGGUAUAAAAACAAGCCCAUGUUUCUUAGACGGAAUAAUCCCUGGAAUGGAAAAAUACAUCCUAUUCUAGAUUCUACACCAUUUCAACAUCAAUUUCGGAAAAAGUAACUUUUAUUUAGGAAAAUGUCAAGUCAUUUCCGGAAAAAGUCAAAUUAAUUUCAGAAAAAGUAAAGUUAAU